AUGCGCACAAUCCAUGCGAAGACGCGGUCAACCAUACCAGCGGGAGCCAGCAGAAGUUUCUCAACCUGUGGAGACACUACGCUGAGGGCCGCUGCAAUCAUGGCAGUUCAUGCUGCCUUUUUCAUGAGAUACGGCACGAUGUUAUUGCUACCUCACAUAUCACACCGAAACAGCCCACCCACCUUUGACUCUCUGACGGGAACACCGCCCUUGUGUGGGGGCAAAUGCUAUGUUUGGUGGGAAGUCUUCUUUGGAGUUGGUGGGGUCAAUGAGCGGGCGAUAGUCCCACGCAUCAUUGGUUGUGAACCCUCCCGCCAGCACGGGGACGGCGGAAGCUGCAACGCGGCAGCAGUAGUUGGGCAGUAUGGUGGUUAG